AUGUCUAAUUCCACCUACAAACAGCGAAAGGAGGACUUUGUGUCUAACCUGUCUGGCGGACCCGUUUCCGAGAUCAAUAAUGUCACAGCCGUCGCCUUGAUUGCCGUGUUGCUGUGGUCUGCGCUGCAGGCGCGGCACUCCUUCUUCCAGCCCGCCAGCGCUCUCGGCCAUCUCGUCGACUACGGCCUCAACGUCUGCGCCAUCUUGCUCGCCACCACGCUCUACUCGAACGCGCCGCUUCUUCUGUGCAUCUUUCUCGCCACGCCCGUGGCGCUGGUGUACAUGCUGCCGCCCUCGGCGCCCAGCAGCAAGAAGAAGCGUGCCGUACCCCCGCCGCCGCCGACGACGACGACCGAUGCGAGCGAGCGAAGCCGAGACCUGGCCCUCGAUGCGGUGCCGGUGAAGCCCUUUUUGACGACGUACCGCGGCUCCAUGCAAAUCAUCACAUAUGUUGCCAUCCUCGCAGUCGAUUUCCGUCUGUUCCCGCGUCGCUUCGCCAAGGUCGAGACCUGGGGCACGUCGCUCAUGGAUCUCGGCGUCGGGUCGUACGUCUUUACCGCCGGCGUCGUCGCCGCGCGCCCGGUGCUCAAGGAAAAGGCGAGCGGUCGCACACUUUCGCCGUUUACGCGGCUGCUCAAAUCGCUUCGCCAUUCGGUCCCCCUGCUGACGCUCGGCUUCAUUCGCUUUCUGACCGUCAAGGGGCUCGAGUAUGCCGAACACACGACGGAAUACGGAGUCCACUGGAACUUUUUCUUUACUCUCGGCUUUCUGCCGCCGUUUGUGGCCCUCUUCCAGGAGAUUCUGCGAUUUAUCCCGUCGUACGCGGCGCUGUCCAUGCUAGUGUCGGGCUUAUACGAGCUUGCUCUCAACAAGACGCAGCUCAAGGCAUACAUUCUGACGGCGCCCCGUGUCGACCUGAUUUCAAUGAACCGCGAGGGGAUAUUCAGCUUCCUCGGAUAUCUGGCCAUCUUCCUCGCUGGCCAAGAUUUGGGCUUGUUUGUGCUCCCGCGCAAAGUGAACCCGCGCAGCGAUGCUCGCGCCGGCGUGCAGCGCAACACGUUGCUCAUGACAAUGGCUGUUUGGGCAGGUAUUUGGGUUUUGCUGUAUAAUUUGUCGACGAGCAUAUCGUAUGGGUUGGGAUUGACCGUUUCGAGGCGCAUGGCCAACUUGCCAUAUGUGCUCUGGGUCGCAGCCUUCAACUCUGUGUUUGUGCUCGGGUACUGCCUCGUCGACACCAUGUUCUUCCCGGCGUUUUACAAUGCAACCGACAAGAAGUCGGAGAAGGCGGCGUACGAGUUUGCCACUAGCAAGCUCAUGCGCGCCUUUAAUCGCAACGGCCUGGGUCUGUUUCUUGUCGCCAACCUCUUGACUGGGCUGGUGAACAUGACGGUUCCCACAUUGGACGUAUCUCCUGUGGCUACCAUGGCUAUUUUGCUGGCUUACACUGGUGCAUUGAGUAUACUGGCACUUGUGCUGGACGAUUACAAUAUUUCCAUCAAGUUAUAG